AUGGGAAAAAAAAAUUCGAACUCUAUGAACACUAUGAAUUCUAACAACGGUCAAAACGGUCAAAACGGCCAAGCGGAAAAAAAGAUGAAAGAGACAAAAAAUUUAACCAACAAGCUUUUCGAAUCUCAAGAACUUACACUCAAUGUUAGUCCUAUUGCGGUUAUAUCCUUAUUCAUACUACUUAUAUCUAUAGGGGUUACUUGGGACAAGUAUAGACAGCAAGUUACUUGUCAAGUAUUAAAUAAUGGAUGUGAAGACAAAAUCUCGUGGAUCUCUAUUCCUGAUUAUAAAAACGCUGAAAGUUAUCUUUCGUUAGAUAAUGGCGCUUUCGUUUACCGUCAUAUAUAUAUGGAUGAAUUUGAAAAGGAAUUUAAUGUAAAGCCAUUAAAUUUUCCGACUAUUGAUCCGGAUAUAGCUGGUUUUCUUGAAAGGCAUAAUCUUAGAUUCAGAUUAUUAAACAAUACCGAAAUUGAUCAAGAGUUAGUUUCAAAUAUUCUUUCACAGUCAGAAAAGUAUUCUCCUAUUAUAGAAGAAAUAAAAUCUCAGGUCGAGAAUGGAUCAUAUGUUGAUGAUGGACGAGUAUAUAUUCGUUGGGUUAAUGACGUCGUAAGAUGGGGCAUGUUUGCUGGUCGCUCUUUCAAAGCAACUGAUCUUAUAGGGAUCUACAAUGGAUUAUUAACGCGUCAACUUUAUGAUGUUGAGUAUGCUUGGGAAUUCAAUUUUCUUGUGGAUGUCUUGGAUGAUGAUGGCGAAAAAGUGAGAGUUUGUGUUGAUGGCAAACAUAUGGGAAAUUAUAUGCGAUUCGCUAAUCAUCGUGACUCAAAACAUAACGGUGACCAACUUUAUGUGGUUCAUGAUGACAUUUGGUAUGUGCUCUACGUAGCUCAAGACGAUAUUAAGCCUCACGAACAAAUAUUCGUUAAUUAUGGUCAGGCGUACUGGGAAAACAAACAAAAAUACGAAUUCUGA